GCCAACAGCGGCCCGUGGUUCGAAGCCGACCUCUGCAUAUCGACUUGCUCUGUGUACACUCGGGCAACCUGGCAGUAUCCCAGCCCUCGUGCUUCAUUCGGGUGGCAUGGCAUCUAGGCCAGGAGGCAGAGGGGGUUGAGAUGCACGAUAGACUCAGUCCUUUUGUCGUGAUCAAGUCGUCAUCAUCAACGGUUAGGGGUCAGAACAUGUGUGACGACUCAUUCUAUAGAAAUGGUAAUGUACUUUCAUUUCCCGCUGACUUGCGGCCAGGUUUUUGGGUCAAAGGCUUUGGUCGAGGACCUCAGAAGAAAACGUACGCCGCAAUAGUUUGGUUUGAACAGAUGCCGUCUUCAGUGGACAGACGUCAUAACUUUCCAUACACACCAAAUUACUGUGAAGAAAACGUUUACCUGUUGCUGGAAAAACUAAUGAAACAAUCUGAUUCAGGAGAAUUUCACGUCGUUUUCGUAUCCAAUUCCAACGCAUCGGUGGCCCUUUUUGGGCAACGCAAGGGAGAUCCUUUUCACAAUUAUGUUAUUGUGUGGGACUAUCACGUAUUCCUUAUUCAUUCCGUACACGAUGAGCACUGGGUGUACGAUUUUGAUGCAAUUUUGGAAUUCCCGUCCUCGUUCGCGGAUUACUGCGUCCAUGGGUUGCUUGAAAAUAAGAAACUUCCAGAAUGCCUGAGGAGACAAUACCGUGUUGUCCCGGGAUCCAAAUAUCUCGCUUAUUUCGCAUCAGAUCGAAGACAUAUGCGACGACCAGAUGGUGAGUGGAUCGCACCGCCCCCAUCGUACGAUUGCAUUCGAGGGAGCCAAGCCGACAGUCCACAUACUUUACCCCACUACCUGAAUAUGAACACACGAAUUCAGUCGGAAGCUUCAUGUUAUGGCCAAAUACUUGACGAAGUGACUUUUUUUGCCCGGUUCAAC